UGAAAACGCUCUCACCGUGAAAACAAUUUCGAAAAUAAAUUGUAGGUACCUGUCACAAUUUUAACACUCACAGUCACACUGAUCGAUCAUCUAAAUAAUUUAUUGCAGUGGUUUUCAAUACUGUUUAACUAUUUUUCGUUUGACUCUGAUUGGAUUGGAAGGUCUCCACAAAAGGUUUUGACGAUGUACAGUCAUGGUGAUUUCCACGAGUCGUAUUACGAACAUGGAUGUUCUAUAAUACAUGAGAAAGAUGUCCUCGAGACCGACAUAAAAGGAACUACAUGGCUUGUAAAUUUCAAAAGACGGUGGUACAAUUUAUUUUUACUCAGCAGCAGCGAUAAGCGCGCUCGAAUUUAUUAUAAUAGUUCACAUGCCAUGAAAGUUGAAAGGGCGAGGCAUUUUCGUAGACACAGAAACUGUAUUCAUCCUCUGAGUAAAUUUAGGAUUUUCUGGGAUCUUUUCAUAUUAAUAGUUAUGCUCUUGUACAAAAUAAUAUUUCACCAUAAUUCUUCCUUAGUGGCUGGUGAUUUGCCUUUAGCGGCCUAUUUCUUAGGUGUUUUUAUUGAGUGCAUAUUAUUUUUUGAUGUUUAUAUUAACACUAAAUGCGGUUAUAUUGACGAAAGUACUAGGAAAAUCGUUUUGGAUUCACAGAAAGCGUUUCAGCACUAUUGUUCCACAAAGUUAUUUCUGCACGUAGCUUCAGCGAUUCCCCUGCAUUCCAUAAUGUUUUUGAGAUACGGGAUGAAUAUGCAAUGUGCGAAGUGUAAAUCUAAUAGGUUCCAUUGCACUGUAACCCUUAUAAGUGUAUUCAGUCUACUAAGGGUUUAUGAAGUGACUUCUUACUGGACUAAAGAGAGAGAUUCGUUUAAAGCAACAUGCUUUUUCCGGUUUCUACGUAUCGGUGUUCUUGGCAUGAUAACGAUGCUGGAGUUUAUCACUCUUUCUGACACCAUAACCUUGUUAGCUUUCAUAAAUACAGGCAAGCUUGAACCGCAGUCGUAUUACUGCUUAGUGUUAUAUUUAAAAUUGAAUGGUAAAAUGUCAUCAAACUUAUCCCUAUUCACUUAUGACUUUUCUAGAAUUUUUAAGUCACUCCUGCUGUUCAAUUUUGGCUUCGUCUUCAAAAUAUAUUACCUGAAUAUGUUGUCAUCUCUGCUCGCAUAUGCAAUUGCUAACGUAUUUUACAUGUGGGGAGUUAUUGAAGUGUUUUCUUGUGUGAGUCGAGGGAAGUUCCCACAAGAUCAAAUGAUAUAUAAUAGAUCUGCCACGAUCAGACUGGCAAGAUGCCGUCAACUUCCUGAUAAAAUCUGUUUAAAGUUGCAACAGUAUUAUGAUUUUAAUAUGAUGUCGACAAAAAUUUUGGAAGGCCAGAAUGGCUUGUACAAGUCGCUACCAGCUAUAUUGAAGAAAGAAAUAAUACUACACUGUUACAGUAGAAUGGUAAUGAGAAUCCCCUAUUUUUCGGAGUGGCCGAUGAAGAUAAUUGAGGGUCUUGUUUUUAUACUGAAAGAGGAAACUUUUCUGAAACAUGAUAUUGUGGCUGAUUCAGGAGUCCGAGGGGACGGUCUUCUGAUAGUGGACGUGGGGGUGAUGGCCGUGUAUUCUUCGGACCACCGCGAGAUGGGCCACCUCAUCGACGGAGACUACUUCGGGGAGCUCUCGCUGGUGACAGACAAGGAAAUCCGCACGUCAUAUGUAGUUGCUGUCACCAGUUGCAAAGUUCUGAUUCUAGAGAAGGGAGUGUUCAGGAAGUUCAUGAGAGAUCAUCCCGAGCUGUUCUUCAAGAUGAAGCAGCGGCUCCGAAGCAAGUACAGCCUUGCUGGAGCACCGUCGAAUGAAAGUGAAGAUUAAGAUUAUUAUUUAUUUAGUAUUUGGCAGAAGCCAGUAUGCACAUAAUACCUACCUACUUAGGAUGUAUUAGUACUCAAGAGUAGGUAUAUUUUGGUACAGGCAGCUUCAAAUAGUUCGUGACACCCAAAGUGUCUAAAAAGUUGAUAACAAAACCUUAUUUUCAAGACUUUUGCGGCUACUUUGGGUGUCACGAAAUAUUUGACGCUGACUGACUCUUUUCUUGAAGGACCCUACUAGAGUUUUCCAGUUAUAAGAUAUGUUUCUGAAACUUUUCCAACUUAAGUGUUUUUGUUUAAUAUUAUAAUUAGGUUUGAGUUAAUUUAUUUAAGGAUC